AUGUUUCUUGCAACCUUCAACACUAUCCUGCCCCUCUUUCAUCCACAGAGGCUUCUAUCUCGGGUCAGUCUAUGGUAUGAGCUGCCCCAUCAGCGCGAUACCUCGACUUGGGCGGCCAUUAAUGUCAUUCUCUCCCUAGCCUAUCGGCAUAUCCCAGACGAAGAGAAACCGCCUAAUUACAGUACCCUGCACUUCAUGAAUAAGGCCCAAUCAGUCCUUAAUGAUAUCAUGCUGGGUGAUUCAAGUCUCCUAGACGUCCAAACGAUUGUCGGCAUGGUCGUAUUGUUACAGGCGACAUCAGAUUUGAAACCAGCUUCGGCUCUGAUACCCAUUGCUUUGCGUCUUGCUCAUGGACUUGGACUGCAUUCAAGACCGAAUUCGGAGAAUCUGAGUGUUUCUGAAGCUUUGGAGCGAGAUCGGGUUUUCUGGAUUGCUUACAUCCUCGAUCGAGAUACAUCGAUGCGCACAAAGCUACCUCCUAUUCAAAGUCAAAACGACAUCAGUAUUGACUGGCCAUCGGCUACACCUACUGAUGGAGCUGGUAUGCUAUACACAGCUGAUAACUCGUCUAGCUUCAACUUCUUCCUGUCACGUGUGCAGCUUGCACAUAUCCAAGGACAAGUCUAUGAAGCAAUGCUAUCCAAGUCCCCGACCGCGUCAGACGUCUACGUCCGUCUUGAUAACGUGACUCGAAUACACCAGAUGCUAGAUGAUUGGCUUGCCCGUAUCCCUUUUGAGUUUUCACCCAUCGCCAUUACUCAAAGCGGGAAUGCAAACCUACAGAGGGCCUUUGGUGUUUUGUACUCAAGUCAUCUCACCUGUCGAAGUGUGGUCUGCAAGGCUCAUGCCAUGGAAGCACAGUGGAUACCAAGUCUUCAAGAUUUUGGAAGAAAGGCAGUUGAGCAAGGGAUAGUUGCAGCUCCACGGUUGCCAGUGGGUUGGAAUAAUCUUGUUUAUGAGUCCCGCCAGUACAUCGAACUGUUCAUAGCUAUUGAUCAUAAAGAUCCCGCCUUUAUUUGGUAA